UUUAUAAAAAGCACUCUCUUCAUUCAUCAAGCUUUGUUAUACUCUCUCUAGCUAGCUAGUUUCUACUUCAACUGAUCAAAACUGCUAUAUAUAUAUAUAUAAAUUUAUGGCGGCUAAGCAAUAUUUUGUGCUGUGGUAUUUUUUUGUUUUGAGUUUGAUUUUGGUAGGGUUAAGGGGUUGUGUUUCAGGGCAAUUAGGAGUGGUAGUUGCAGGGAAUAAUAAUACUAGUGAUGUUGAUGAUGAUGGUGAUGGGAGAAAUGAAAUGGUGCCUGCCAUGUUCAUAUUUGGAGACUCUCUCAUUGACAAUGGCAACAACAACAAUCUUCCCUUAUCUUUUGCUAAGGCCAAUUACUUCCCCUACGGUAUUGAUUUCAAGGGCGGACCUACUGGUCGCUUCUCCAAUGGCUAUACCAUUGUUGACGAAAUAGCGGAAUUGCUAGGACUUCCUCUCAUUCCUGCGUUCUCUGGUAUUUCUGGUGCCCAAGCACUUCACGGAGUCAACUACGCUUCAGCAGCAGCUGGUAUUCUCGACGUAACAGGCAGAAAUUUUGUGGGUCGCAUUCCCUUUAAUCAACAGAUAAAGAAUUUCGAGACCACAUUAGAUCAAAUAACAGACAAUCUAGGGGCUGUUGACGUGGCACAGUCCCUUGCCAGCUGUAUCUUCUUUGUGGGAAUGGGCAGCAACGACUACCUGAAUAACUAUCUCAUGCCCAAUUACCCGACCCGAAAUCAAUACAACGCCCAGCAAUUUGCUGAUCUCUUAGCUCAGCAAUAUUCUCAACAACUCACUAGAUUAUAUAACCUUGGAGCUCGAAAAAUUGUUAUCGGUGGAUUAGGGCUAAUGGGCUGCAUUCCAAGCAUCUUGGCCCAAAGCCCAACUGGAAGCUGCUCACCAGAAGUGGAUCAACUUGUCAUGCCUUUUAAUGCUAAUGUGAAGACUAUGAUCAAUAAUCUUAAUUCCAACUUACCAGGAUCCAAGUUCAUCUACGUUGACACUGCACAUAUUUUCCAAGAUCUCCUCGCUAACUCUUCAUCUUAUGGUUUCAAUGUUAUAAAUCGUGGUUGCUGUGGGAUUGGACGGAACAGAGGCCAAAUUACAUGUCUUCCAUUCCAAACACCAUGUCCAAACAGACAAGAGUAUGUUUACUGGGAUGCAUUUCACCCAACAUCAGCAGUAAACAUCAUCAUGGGAAAGAAGGCUUUCAAUGGAGAUCAGCGUAGUGUUUAUCCCAUAAACAUUCAACAACUUGCCAAUCUUAAAAUUCCAACUACUGAUUAGUACAUAUAUUCUGUUUAGUAUUGCGAUGUUUUUUUUAUUAUAUUAGCUAGGGCUUUUCACGUACGGAGAAAACUAAUCUGUUAUGAUUUCAACAUUUUCUAAUUGUUCUAGGUCAAAGACAAUGUUCAGAUUAAUUGAGAAAUGUAGUUUUAUUAGAUUA